GUGGAAAUGUCUUCUCAAGUAUAAAACGCCUCACGAACCAGACUAGCCGUUCAAUCGCAAUCCGGUCUUGCUCUUUUCUUAUCCCGGCACUAGUUUGCGAGACUAACGUCAGAUACGCGUUGUUAUCACUUGCUAUCAACAUGUGCCGCAAAAUCCCGUCUGGUCUGCUCGCAGUGGUAUUGCUUGUAUGUUUGAUUUUGGUGACUAACGUGGAGGCUCAGCUCAAUUUUUCCACCGGAUGGGGAAAAAGAAGUCAAAUCUUGUCGACGAGAGGCGGCAAUUCUCCGUGUUCCUCGCAAGGUAGACCAACGCUGGACCAGUUGCUCGGCUUGUAUAAUUUAAUACAGGCCGAAGCACAAAAGAUUGUUGACUGUCAGAAAUUGACUAAAUGAACAGCCAUACUCCACGAUCCUCGGUGCAAGAAAUUAUUAAGCAACGGUGUAAGAACAGUGUAUUGUCUGAAUAAACCUUGGAUGUAGCCCGAUUAAAAUUC